GUGUUGACAUUUAGGGAUGUGGCCAUAGAACUAUCUCGGAAGGAGUGGCAAUGCCUGGACACUGCACAGCAGAAUUUGUAUAGAACUGUGAUGUUGGAGAAUUACAGAAACCUGGUCUUCCUGGGUAUUGCUGCUUCUAAGCCAGACCUGAUCACCUGUCUAGAGCAAGGAAAGGAGCCUUGGAAUGUGAAGAGACAUGAAAUGGUAGCCGAGUCCCCAGUUGCAUGUUCUUAUUUUGCCCAAGAUCUUUGGCCAAAGCAGGGCAUAAAUAAUCAUUUCCAAAAAGUGAUACUGAGAAGAUAUAAAAAAUGUGGACGUGAAAAUUGGCUGCUAAGAAAAUGUUGUCAAAGCACGGAUGAGUGUAAGGUGCACAAAGAAUGUUCCAACGGACUUAAUCAGGUUUUGACAACUACGCAGAGCAAAAGAUUUCAAUGCAACAAAUCUGCGAAAGUCUUUCAUAAAUAUUCAAAUUCAAACAGAUAUAAGAUAAGACAAAGUGAAAAGGAACCUUUGAAAUGUAAGGAAUAUAAAAUGUCAUUUUGUACACUUUCACACUUAGCUGAACAUAAAAGAAUUUAUACCAGAGAACGACCCUACAAAUUUAAAGAAUGUGGUAAAGCCUAUAACGAGGCCUCAAGUCUUUUUACGUAUAAAAAAAUUCAUACUGGAGAGAAACCCUACAAAUAUGAAGAAUGUGGACAAACUUUUAACCAGUUCUUACACCUUACUACACAUAAGAGAAUUCAUACUGGAGAGAAACCCCACAAAUGUGAGGAAUGUGGCAAAGCUUUUAAGUACUUCUCAGACCUUACUAGACAUAAGAUCAUUCAUACUGAAGAGAAACCCUACAAAUGUGAGGAAUGUGGCAAAGCUUUUAACAACUCCUCAACCCUUACUGGACAUAAGAUCAUUCAUACUGGAGAGAAACCCUACAAAUGUGAGGAAUGUGGUAAAGCUUUUAACCAUUCCUCAAGCCUUGCUAGACAUAAGAGAAUUCAUACUGGAGAGAAACCUUACAAAUGUGAGGAAUGUGGCAAAGCUUUUAACCACUCUUCAAUCCUUUCUAGACAUAAGUUAAUUCAUACUGAAGAGAAACCCUACAAAUGUGAGGAGUGUGGCAAAACUUUUAGCCGGUACUCACAGCUUAGAAGUCAUAACAUAACUUCUUCUGGAGAGAAACACUACAAAUGUGAAGAAUGUGGUAAAUCUUUUAGGUGCUCCACAACCUUUAGUAAACAUAAGAAUAUUCAUACUGGAGAGAAACCCUACAAAUGUGAAGAAUGUGGCCAAUUUUUUAGGUGGUACUCAGCCUUUAGUAAACAUAAAAAUAUUCAUACUGGAGAGAAAGCCUACAAAUGUGAAGAAUGUGGCAAAUCUUAUACUUGCUCCACAGCCUUUAGUAAACAUAAGAAUAUUCAUACUGGAGAGAAACACUACAAAUGUGAAGAAUGUGGCAAAUCUUUUAGGUGGCCCUCAAGCCUUAGUAGACAUAAGAAGAUUCAUACUGGAGAGAAAUCCUACACAUGUCAAGAAUGUGGCAAAUCUUUUAUGUGGCACUCAGGCUUUAGUAGACAUAUGAAGAUUCAUACUGGAGAGAAAUCCUACACAUGAAGAAUGUGGCAAAUCUUUUAGGUGUUCCUCAACUCUUACUACACAUAAGAGAAUCCAUACUGGAGACAAACCCUACAAAUGUGAGGAAUGUGGCAAAGCUUUUACCCACUCCCCAAGCCUUACUUAUCAUAAGAGAAAUCAUAUUGUAGAGAAACUCUACAAAUAUGAAGAAUGUGGAAAA